UCCAUCAUGCUUGAUGUUCAUUAGGUAGAUGAGAUCAGUGAGUUAAAGAACUGUUAAAUUUGUGUUUUCCUUUAAGAGACACAUGACUGUUGUAGCCGAGUCUCAGGACAGAAACUUGACAGAAAAGACCAAAGCGAACAACCUGGAUCCACCCAAGUAUCCGAUGCAGAAGGGCUCCCUGAGCCUUCUGAAGCAGAAAUGGGAGUCCAACGAUGGCCAGAAAAGUGAAUGUAGUACUCCUGGCAGCCGCUGCAGGCGCUUCCAACCCAGAGAGGGCAAAUUACCUGAGUCUGGAAAUGCCACAGAUAUGUCAACUGGGCCUCCCAUAGCUCCCAAACUCAUCACAAAUCUGGGGGAGCAAAAGAAGAACAUGGAGUCAGUGAAGAGUGCAGAGUGCAAAAUAGAUACUGGAUCAGAUGGUGGCCAGACUGAAGUACUAAAAGAGGACACCAAAGGGACUCGCCGCAGGAUUGAGCACUUCUCAAUUGCCCUAGAGGAGCUUAGGAGUAUAUUUGAGACUCCAAGGGGUGGAGCUGGCCUGGCUGGGUGCAGCAAAAAGGAAGUGAAAACUGAGCAAAGUUUGUGUUCCCCAGCAUUGAAGAGUCAGCGCAGUAGCAGUCCCAUCAGUUCUGUGAAAGAUCCAGACAAGAAAGGCGGGAAAACAUCUUUUGACAAGAUGUCAUCUGAAAGUGGUCACAGCAGCAACUUUGAAGCUGCUGAUGGUCCCAACAAGCCUGUGAGUGGGUUUGCAGAAGACAGUACUAACUGUGGGCCACUGGAUUUCCAAGAGGCUGUAUCACUAAAGGAACGGAUGGCGAUGUAUCAAGCAGCUGUUUCCAGAGGUGACAGCAGCAACUUCUCUGCUCAUAUGAUGGAGGAGUCUGAGACUCGAACAGUGCCUGGUGGCUUAGCCAGGGUGAAGAAACAGUUUGAGAGAGAUGAAAUUGCCUCUUCACAUAAUACUUUUUCUCAGUACCAGCACCAGCAAAAUUUGAUCAGUAUGGCACAAAUUCUGUCUUCAAGGAAUUCACAAGAGGUAGCAAGAUGGGAGGCAUCGGGCAGCUAGGUCCAAGAAAUAGAAGUUCAUGGUACAAUUAUAGUCUCUCAUCUUGAAAAACACACCCAAGAAAUAAACCAGGCUUCUCAUUCCAGCCAGUAUGUUCAAGAAACAGUUAUUGACACACCUGAGGAUGAAGAGAUACCAAAGGUUUCAACCCAGUUUUUAAAACAGCACUUUGAAAAGACAGCCCAAGAAAAGGUCCUUCAUUCUGAUAGAGAUAUGGCGACUCCAGUCAAACAUAUUAAGAUCGACAGUGAAUAUAAAGAAACUGUGUGGCCAUCUCCAGUUAUCACUUCCUUAACUGCCAAUGCUUCAGCCAGUCAGAGGCAGGAUACGUCGACCAUGAGGCACAGUGAAUACAGAUCUACUUCUUCAUCCUCUGCACAGGUUAACACCACAAAUUUUGGAAAGACAGAAGAUUUUCCUCCUCCCCCACCUGAAGUCAUGCCAACAUUAGCAGAUGUGACAGCAUUUUCCCAGUCCCCUGAAUUCCCUAGACCCCCUGGAAAAUUUCCCAUCCCCAAAGAUUUAUAUUCCAAGCAGAGAAAUUUAUAUGAAUUAAAUCGCUUAUACAAACACAUCCACCCUGAAUUAAGAAAAAACUUAGAAAAAGAUUACAUUAGUGAUGUUUCUGAGAUUGUGUCUCAUCAGGUAGACACAGGAGACUCUGUUUCUGCAGAUGUGCAGCAAACUCGCUAUGUUUUUGAAAAUACUGGUGGCAGCGAUCAAAAAUGUCCGAAUCCUGAAAGAGAGUUGCUUGAAUGGGAUGAAAUUCUGAAGGGAGAAGUACAGUCCAUGAGAUGGAUUUUUGAGAACCAGCCUUUGGAUUCCAUCAAAGAUCAAUCUCCAAAUGAAGGCAACAGCAAAAAAGGCAUUGCUGAUCAAGAAAUCAUUGCUGGGGGAGACGUGAAAUAUGCCAAAUGGAUGUUUGAAACCCAACCAAUAGAUACAUUAGGGGUUCAUUCUUCUGGAUCCACAGAGAGUGAUUUGAAAGUUCCAGAACUAGCCAGGGGAGAUGUGCGCACAACCACAUGGAUGUUCGAAACACAACCACUAGAUUCAAUGAACAAAAUUCAUGAGGACCAACAAGAAGGGUCAGAAGUAAUUGCUAUUAAAGAUAUAACUGGAGGUGAUGUCAAGACUGUGAAAUACCUAUUUGAAACUCAAAAUCUUGACCAACUUGGGCAGCUAUAUUCAGUGGAUGAAGCUAACUUACUACAGCUUAGAUCUGAGCUCAAAGAGAUUAAAGGGAAUGUGAAGAGGAGCAUAAAACAUUUUGAAACUCAACCACUGUAUGUUAUCAAAAAUAAUUUAGGGCAAGUUCUUGAGAUUAAAACUGUUCACAGGGAAGACAUUGAAAAGGGGGAUGUGAGAACCGCACGCUGGAUGUUUGAAACACAACCAUUGGACAUGAUUAAUAAAGAUGUUACAGAAGUUAAAGUUGUACGUGGAAUAUCCAUGGAAGAAAACAUCAGAGGUGGAGUAAGUAAGGCAAAGUGGCUAUUUGAAACCCAACCUCUCGAGUCCAUCAAAGAAGAAUCCGAAGUGUCCAUCAUUGAAAAGGAAACUAUCAUAGGUACUGAUGUCUGCAGAAAGUGUUGGAUGUUUGAAACUCACCCUUUAGAUACCCUAAAAGAGGUCACUGAGUCAAAUCCUUUGCCAGCUGAGGAAAUAAUAGGUGGUGAUGUAAAAGCCACCAAGUACUUAUUUGAAACACUUCCAAUGGAUGUUUUAAAAGAUAGUCCAGAAGUUGGUAAACUUCCAAAGAUAGUGGCUUCUGAAGAGGAAAAAGGAGAUGUGAGACACCAGAAAUGGAUUUUUGAGACUCAACCUUUAGAAGAGAUUAGAGAGGGGGAGAAAGAGCAUAUAAGGACAGUUAAACUUGAAGAGAUCGACAGAGGGGAUGUUCGAAGCUACACACAUAUCUUUGAAUCAAACAAUUUAAUUAAGGUUGAUGAAUCACAUAAAAUACAAGUGGAAGGAGUAACCAGAGGUGCUGUAGAGUUCAAUAAAUCUCUCUUUGAAACAACUCCCCUGUAUGCUAUUCAAGAUCAUCUUGGAAGAUAUCAUGAAGUUAAAACAGUUCAACAAGAAGAAAUACUAAGGGGUGAUGUGAGAAGUUGUAGGUGGCUAUUUGAAACUAGGCCCAUUGAUCAAUUUGACGAGAGCAUUCAUAAAUACCAGAUUAUCAAAGGGAUAUCUACACGAGAAAUACAGUCUGGCAAUGUGAAGUCUGUUAAAUGGUUGUUUGAAACGCAGCCUCUAGAUUCUAUUAAAUAUUUUAAUAAGAUGGAAGAUGAAGAAAGUAAAAAACAGCAAACUAUGGAUAUUGUGAAAGGGGAUGUAAAAACCUACACAUGGCUGUUUGAAACCCAGCCAAUGGAGUCCCUUUAUGACAAGACAGAGUUAAUGACUGACAGUGAAGAAAUUCAUAAAGGAGAUGUCAAAACAUGUACUUGGCGUUUUGAAACUCAACCACUUGAUGCAAUAAAAGAUGACUCAGAAGCACUAGUCAAACUCCAAACUGUAAAACAGGAAGACAUCCAAGGAAGGGAUGUCCGCACAGCCUGCUUUCUUUUUGAGACAGAAAAUCUAGACAAAAUACAAGGAGAAGAAGGAAAGGAAAUCAGGUCAGUGGAAGUGGAUAUUCAGUCUGGGGAUGUUUCUAGCAUGAAGUACAAGUUUGAAAAUCAGUCCUUGGAUUCCAUAAGUUCCAGCUCAGAGGAGGUUUUGAAAAAGAUCAAAACCCUACAAGCUGAAGAUAUUCAGAAAGGCAAUGUUUUAAAUUGCAGGUGGCUCUUUGAAAACCAGCCUAUUGAUAUGAUAAAAGACAGCCAAGAAGGUGAUGAAUUAGUCAAGACAGUGACAGACAUACAAGGUGGGAAUGUGAGAAGAGGGUGCUUUAUUUUUGAGACUUUUUCUUUGGACCAGAUUAAAGACAAAUCCGAAGAGAUCAGCACUGAGAAAACCACUGGCAAAGAUGAAAUAAUGAAGGGGGAUGUGAAAAACUAUAGAAUGCUAUUUGAAACCCAACCACUCUAUGCUAUUCAAGACAAAGAAGGGUAUUAUCAUGAAGUGACAACAGUUAAGAAAGAAGAAGUGAUUCAUGGAGAUGUAUGUGGGACUAGGUGGCUGUUUGAAACAAAACCUUUAGAUUCUAUUAAUGAAUCAGAUAAUGUAUAUAUUAUCAAAUCAGUCACACAAGAGGAUAUUCAAAAAGGAGAUGUUAGUUCUGUCAGAUAUAAAUUUGAAACACAACCACUAGAUAAGAUUUCAAAAGGGACAAAUGUAAUUGUUCCCACUAUUGACUGUGUUCACGGUGGGAACGUGAAAUAUCAUAAGCAACUCUUUGAAUCUGAAGACUCUGAGAAAAGAACAUGUGUUAGAACAGUUACUGUCAAUGAAAUACAACAGGGCAAUGUUAAAACCUCUACUUGGCUGUUUGAAACUCACACCCUAGAUGAGUUGAGAGGACAGGGGUCAGAAUAUCAGCAUAUCAAGACAGUCACUAAGGAAGAUGUGCAGAAAGGUGAUGUCAAACAAGCAGUAUGGCUUUUUGAAAAUCAGACUUUAGAUUCUAUUAAGGAAACAGGUGAAUAUAUCAGAGAAAUAACCAGAGAAGAAAUCCCUCCCUCUGAUGUCAAAACAACAACAUGGCUCUUUGAAACAACACCCCUUCAUGAAUUUAAUGAAAAUAAAGUGGAAAAGGAGGAAAUUAUUGGAAAGAGCAUUAAAGAAACCUUAGAAGAAUUAUAUUCACAGAAAGUGAUUGAAUCUCAUGGAAUUAUCAUUGAAGCAAAUGAAGUUGGGAAUGUCCGGAUGGCUAAGUACCAGCUAAUGAAUCAGAAAUCUCCUGAAAUACAGAAAGAAGAAGUUAUUAGAGGAGAUAUCAGAACUAUAAUGAUGAACCUGCUUUCCAAAAGAAAUGAUGUCAAAAGAGAGAUUUUAAUUGGCGAAGAAGAAAAGGGUAAUGUCAGUUUGACCAAAGCCCAGUUAUUAAACAGAUCUACAGAAAUUCAAUCUGAAAAAGAAGAAAUAGUGAGAGGGGAUAUACAACAAGCAAUAAAAAACUUGUUCAGUGAAGAACGAUCUGUAAAACAAGGCAUUAUAAUUCAGGAAGAUGAAAGAGGGGAUAUUAAUAUGACAAUCUAUUGUCUUCUUCAUGAAAAUGAUAAUGAUAACAAAGUAGAACAUGAAGAAAUAAUAGGUGGAGAUGUGAAACGCACUAUUCACAACUUAUUGUCUUCUGCUGCAAAUUAUGAAAUAGCCAAAAAGACUAAAGUAGACGCAUCAGAGAGGGGAAACGUUCAAUUUUUCACAACAUGCAUAGAAGCUGGAGCAUUAGAUUACCUCAAACUACUCCAGACAGGGUCAAAUGAAACACUUACAACUGGGAAACAAGAAGGAGAGGAGGAAAUCAUUGGUGGUGAUGUUGAAGGCACAAAGCUGUUACUAACAAAAAGGAAGUCUCAAAUUGAACGUACUGUUAAUGAAACUGACAUCAUCCCAGGAGAUGUGUAUAAUACAGUUAAGGUUUUCAUGACAGAGCCUCAGAGUACAUCCUGUCAGGCACCUAAAGAAGAAAUUGUAAAAGGUGAUUUGAAAGCAACCCUAAGUUCCCUCAGUGAGGCCAUAAAUCAGAAAACAGUUACAAAAAGGGAAGAAAUUAUGAAAGCUGACAUGCUUGCGACAUUGAAGUCUCUUCAAGAAGCAAGGCACCAAUGGAAAGAAACUGAGAAGCCUGAUAUUAUCCCUGGUGAUAUUAAACAAGCUAUUGAAUCUCUUGAAAAAGCAGUAAACACAAAGACUGAAAUUUUGAAAAAGGAGCUUAUGCGAGAUGACCUUGAGGCAACAUUACGAGUACUGAAAGAAGAUCAGCAUUCUUACAAGAACAUAGACAAAGAAACUGCAACCAAAGGAGUGAGGCAGGCUGUGAGAUGUGAUUCCACUGAAGAACACAAAACCCAAAACAGCCAGGUAGCUACCCCCAGGGACAUAAAAAGGACCCUGCAGCCAAAAUCUGAGUCAUUUGAGCAAGGAGCCCAAUACCAAGAUAAAUUAGGAAUGCUUAAACAAACUGCAGCCAAAUCUUUUCAUGGCUAUUCAAAAGGAAAACAUAGUGAUAUUGUCCCUCCAGAAGCCCCCAAAGGCACUGUAAAAAUUGUUAUAGGUCGUGACCAAAACUACGAUGCCCUUGAGAAGAGCCUCCAAAGAUUGUCCAAUUCACCUCCCAACACUGCUGAAAAUUUGUUCCAGAAUGGAGAUCAAAACAGCAUCCAAGCCGAUGCAUCAAGAACACAAUACCUUAGAAAAGAGCAUGUGAGGAGCCAGGAAGCUUCUUAUAGCUCAGUUCAGAAAAAUGUAAGAAGUGAGAAAUCAGAGAUGGGUGCUAUACUGAAAAAGGAUGAUGCCUCUAGUGCUGCCUUGACUACUGAAAAAAUGCAGCAGAAUCAAAUGUGUAUGCUAAGCAGUGGCCAGCAAGCCAGGGAGUCUUCCCAUGAAAAAAGUCAUAAAAAGACUAAAAAGACAAAAGUAGCAACAGAUACACCCACUUGCAAGUCUUGUGCUAGCCCCCCAGUUAGCAUCCCAGCUAAUGACAAUAAGAUGUAUGGAGUGACUGGUCAUAUUCAGAAGGAAAUUUUACUAAAGGAAGAAAUGAGACAAGAACAGUAUGCUAGUGAGGCUUUUCAAAGGAAUGAAAUGAACCUUCAGCAAACACAGCCUUUUGUUCCUUUGUUCCUCAAACAGGAUAUUCAAAAUGUAUCUGAAGAAAAAGCCACAAAGGGAAACCAUGGAAAAUUUAAGGCAACAACAGAAAGGAAUAAAAAGAUUGAUGUUCAUCAGAACAAUGAGAACUCUCAAACAAAGAUGGAUGCUUCAACAAACUUAAAAGUGACUGUGGAAAAAUUGGCUGCUGUGAGUAAUAUGGCUGAAACUCAUUCCUCCCUUCCACCUCCAUCGCCACCUCCACCUCCUCCGUCCAAUGCAUCAUCUGAAAUUGAAUUUCCUCUACCUCCUCCACCUCCUUUAAUGAUGUUACCUGAUAAACAUGAGUUUUCUUCAUUGCCAUCCACAGAAAAGAUAAAGGCUGAAUUUGAUGGCUUCCCCUGCCUUCCUCCCCCACCUCCACCAGUGGAUGACAAAACUGAGGGAGAAUGUCCACCAACCUUUUUGCCUCCCCCACCUCCUCCAUCACAGAAACCCGUACAUCUUUUUUCUUCCACAAUUCAAACAAAAGACUGUGGAGAGAGUAUUCAGCAACAUUGCCAAGAGGCAGUACAAACUUAUUCAGGGGCCAGAUCUUUAAUAGGAAAACCAACAGCAUUUCCACCUCCUCCCAAGUUCCCCAAACCAAAAUUCUUCAAACAGUCUGAUGAAAAUGAACGUAGUAUCAAUCCCAAGAUGGAACCUCUUCAUCUUCAGUCAAAUAUAGGAACUACGAUGACCAAAACAAAGGAACAAAAUACAGUGAUGAUAAAGAGCAGUGUGGAGCACACCCAGAAAAAGGAGAAAAUGUAUACUGAGACUUCUGAAGAAAAACAACAAUCAUCCACUGCUGAGCCCAUAAAGCCUUCCCUUCAGACUGCUCAGGAAGCAUUACCUCCCAAAGAAGAAAAAAUCUCACCUCUUGUCAAAUGCUACUCCUUUCCUUUAGAUUCAGAACAGACAAGCCCUAAGCCAUAUAUCAGAAAAUUUAAAACCCCUCUAAUGAUUGCUGAAGAAAAAUACAAGCAGCAAAGGGAAGAGAUUGAAAAGCAGAAACAUCAAAGCUCUUGCCAUCACACAGUCAAAACAGAAGGUCAUAAUGGAAUUGAAUUAAAGUCUGAAGUAAAAAUAACAUCACAGAAACCAAGGGAAGAAGAUUCCUUGCCUACAUCAGCCACAGAGGUCACACAGUCAAAUUCUAAGCAUCAAGUCAGUCUCCAGACCAAAGGGACUUCUAGUGAAGACCUGAUGUCUGAAUCAUCAGCAGUGUCACUGGCUGCCCAGAAGCUCCACAGUGUCUUGGACAUACCUAUGGAUGAAGAGCACAUUCAAAAGGAAGCUGUCCAAGAUUCAAGGGACAUUAAGCAACAUAGCUUAGCUCAUCAAAUGGAACAAACAUGCCAAGAAUAUUCUUCUCAUGUAAGAGAGCAGGAAAUUAAUGAGAAGCAAUUGUACCUAUCCCCAAACAAGUCAGUAUCCCCAAAUUUAAAAGCUAAAAGUGUCAAGUUCCCAACUUUAGAGCUAAGCUUAAAUAAAAUAUCCCAAGAUUUCAAAAUUUCCCAAAAGCAACCAGUACCUAAUGUUCAAACCACAAUGAAACAAGAGCGCCAGGAAAGACAGAAAAAUGAGAUAAAUACAGUUACUAGAAAUAGGGAAAACACUGUUGAGGAAUGUUAUCAGCUACAAAAGAAGGAAAAAAGAGAAAUGAGUAAAAUGCCUACCAAUCCUUCAGAGAAGAAGCAAGAAAAAGAAUCAAAUAACAUUUAUCACAAUCCAAAAGAAAGAAUGGAAUUAGUGGGCAUGAAAGCUUUAGCAACUCAAGAAGAAAACCAGAGACAGGUAGUGGUUGGUCCAAAACCACAAAAAUUAAUAGUGGAAAGAAAGCAAGAACACCUUAAGAAUAAAUCAUCAGAGAAAGUAGUCCAGAAAAAAGUUAUUGAUGCACACAUUGACUCACUGACACGAAAUUGUCAGCAAACACAGAUUCAUACUUCUGAAAGUAAAGUCAAGCAUAAAAAAUUACCCCAGCAAUAUAACGGUCUGAAAGAAGAAUGCCUCACAAUCAAGGGCAUACAAGAGAAACAGGUCCCUGCUAAUACUAAAGAGUCCAAGGAAAAGAUAACAGAAAAUAGGAUUUUAUUUUCUUCCAUGCAAAAUUCCCAGCACGAUGAUGAAAAAUGCACCAUAAAUAUAUUGGAGUUCUUGAGAAAACGUGAAGAACUACAGCAAGUUCUGUCUCGAGUGAAACAAUUUGAAACAGAACCAAAUAAAAAUGAUAUGAAAGCAUUUCAGAUACUAUUGAAUAUUAUCCCAGAAUGGCUGAUGAAUGAGCAAAGAAAAGAAUAUGGAAUUCGAAUUGCCAUGGAUAAUAACUUAGAAAAAGUAAAAGAGGAAUUAAUCCAUAUUAAAACUAAAGUGGAAGAAAUGCUCAUUUCUUGUGAGAACACCAUCCGAAUGUGCAUGAAUUCCUCCAAAGCAGUGAAAUUGAGAACUGAACCUCCUAGUGAAGCAUCUGCCCAAAUAUCAAAGAUUAGUGCUAGCUCUAAUAAAAAAAUCCAGAAAGAAGAGAAAAUUAUGAAAGGAAAAGAAUCUGAUCAAAAAGAGAAAUCCCAUUCUAAAAAAGAAUCUUAUCAAAAAGUGAAAUCCCAACAGGAAAUUAAACAGGUAGAAUGUCGAAAUAUUUCUCCAUAUUUAAAACAACGUUCACCAUCACCUACUUUCAUAACAAUUGAAUCUACUGCCCGAAAAACAGAGACACCUACUGUGAACAGGCCUUCUUUGACUCCUGUGAAGAAGGGAAGUGUAUUUAUUUUUCCUUCCCGAAGCAGAUCCACAACACCACCAUCCAGAGAUCACCAGGCAUCAGCUUCUCCUUCUCCCCCUAGAAACCGCUCUGAGCAACUUGCCAAACUAAAAGACACCACAGCAAAAUUGUCCCAAAAGACGUGUCACUAUCAGUCCGUAACCCCAGGUCCAGUUGUAGAGAAAAGAGCUGAAAUAGUCAGGUCUCCUGCAACACUGCGACGUCAAAUUAAGACAGAAACCCCAAUCCCUAUAAAUGUAUCUCAUGUCACUGCUAGUACAGUCAUAGAAGCCAAAGAAGCACAAGAGGAGGUCCAGCAGGUAGAGAAAAGGGCAACUUACAUUCACAGCGAUGGAGUCAAUAUCACAGGGCACGUGGUGCCAGAUACUGAAAGUUUUGAUUCAAUCGAAAUCAUACACAAAGUUGAAGUCCCUCAGGUAGGCUUGUCAGGGCACUCUAAGAUAUAUGAAGCUUCCAAUCAAACAGUUCAUGUGGCUGAAAAUGUAGUAAAGAGCAAUGAAAGUGGAACAAACAGAUGGCUAGAGAAAUUUCAGAAUGACCCAAUUUUUGAGGCACAGUCAAAUAGAAGAGUUCACACAAAUGGUGAAGUAAACCAUAACCGAAGACAGGAAAUGCACACCUUUAGCCAGAAGGGAUUUGGGUUGACAGCUAUGGAAAGUGAAAGCAUAAACAGCAGUUUCAGAAACUUUUCUUGUGGUCAUUCCAAAGAUCCCCAGAACAAAAUUCCAUAUGAACAACCCAUUGAGUGCUCAGAAGCAAAAUCCCUAAGAGAAUGUUUUUCAGGAGUGGAUACAUACAAAAAUAAAAUUGUUGGGUCAAAGACAGUAGGCUCUUCAGCACAAAACUCAGAAGCAGUUAAGUCUGGCUUUGACUUCAAGCAUGCCCCACCAACCUAUGAAGAUGUCAUUGCCGGCCACAUUUUGGAUAUCUCUGCAGAAGAUUCACCAGAAGAGCUCUUGAGGAAUUUUCAGAAGACAUGGCAGGAAAGUGAGAGAGUCUUCAAAAGUCUGGGAUAUGCUGUUUCAGAUACCUCUGCAACCGAAAUGAGGAGUAGCUUCCAUGAGGAAGCUGCUUUUAGGAGUGAAACUUCUACUCCAGGACAAGGAAAUGUGUACACUUUGUCAAAAGACCGUUUAUCCAAUGGAAUGCCUGGCAGCAGACAAGAACAUUUUUCAUAAGUCAUGUUUCCGAUGCCAUCAUUGCAGUAGUAAAUUGAGCUUGGGAAACUAUGCAUCACUCCAUGGACAGAUUUACUGUAAACCUCAUUUUAAGCAACUUUUCAAAUCUAAAGGAAAUUAUGAUG